AUGUCACGAGAAGAGCUGUUGGUCUUGCGAAAGACCCUGAAAGACCUGCUGGACAGAGGAUUCAUCCGAGCGAGUAGCUCAGCGGCUGCCGCGCCGGUGCUGUUCCGCGACCGAUACCCACUGCCCUCAUCGCGGAGACCCUGCAGAAUCUGGCCAAGGCUAAGUGGUUCACCGUUGGACGUGGUGGCCGCUUUCCAUAAGAUCCGCAUGGCUCCGGGACAUGAGGGAAAGACUGCAUUUCGCACGAGGUUUGGGCUCUACGAGUGGCUCGUGUGCCCUUUCGGCCUGAGCGGCGCCCCGCGCGCCAUCCGCGAAUGGGAGGCCCUGACCACGGUGAAGGGUGUCAGAAGCUUUCUGGGCUUCGCCAACUAUUACCGGAUCUUCAUCCCCGACUAUGCCAAGAUCACGCAGUCUCUGGAUGCCCUGCUUAAGAAAGGAACUGCCUUUCAUUGGGGACGAGCGGAGAACGAGGCGUUUCAGGAGCUGAAGCGACGAUUUUGCGAGUCACCGGUGCUCAAGCAGUGGGACCCGAGCCUCCUGACCUUUUGGAGACGGAUUGCUCAGGCUACGCAUUGGGAGGCGUCCUGUCGCAGGAAGCGACUUUCGCCAGCGGAGUACAACUAUCCCAUUCACGACAAGGAGAUGCUUGCCAUCAUGAGAUGUCUCGACAACUGGAACGCCGAACUUAGGAGCUGCGGCCCAUUUACAAUCCUUACCGAUCACCGCAACCUGGAGUAUUUCAUGACACGCCAGAAGCUCACGGAACGGCAGAGCCGUUGGGCAGCCGAAUUGUCCCAGUUCGACUUCAAGCUCGAGUAUCGACCGGGAAGCGAGGCUGUCGUGCCUGAUGCGUUGUCCCGCCGUGAACAAGACAAGCCACAGGGCAUUGACGACGAGCGGGAACAAGGAAGAAUGAUACAGUUGAUACCGGAUAGUGCCAUUCCAUCAUCGACAAGAGCAUGUAUCAACGCGAUGAGUUCUGACUGUUCAGAGGCAUCCACCCUGCCGAAGAUGAAGGUCUUCGAGGUAGCGGACCUGCAGCAACUCUGGGACGAAACGGUGGCGAAGGACUCGAUAUUCCGGGCAGCCUAUAAGGCAGUCCGCGAUCGCGAGCGUGCCUUCCCGCCCUCGCUGGGCCUGAAGAUCCAGAUUUCAGAAUGUGCGAUCGACGCAGGCAAAGGCUGA